UGAACUGUUGCACUAACCACCUGAAGUGCUGAUGACACCAGUCAUGACUUCAUGCGUAAAACUGGCAGUAUGACACCAUGUGCUACUUGAUAAUUUCUCAUAUGAUGUCAUGGACUACUCUUUCUGAUAAUAUGGACUGUUAUCUUGUGCAAUGCCAAUGGGACUCUUAUACCUAGCUUGGUGAGAACUGCUUGUUGUGUCCUCUCCUCAGUGUACAAAUCAACUGGACUCAGAGCUUAGCGCUACAAUAAAAGAAUAAUUUAAUCCCUCGCCAUGAUCAUCUUAGAGGCAGACGAUGAUUCCAAGGCCGCACCUCCUCCGACUGAGGAGCCGCUAUUCGGUGCAGUUGACCUUAUCAUCUUGGGUUUACUCGCAGCUGUGGCAAUUUAUUGGUUUUUCCUCAGGAAAAAGAAAGAUCAAGUACAAACUAUAAAGAAAUUGACAGUUGUUCCAACUGUUGGAAAAGUGGACGACACAAGUUUUGUCGGUAAAAUGAAAUCAUCGGGGAAAAAUGUCGUGGUAUUUUAUGGAUCUCAGACAGGUACAGCAGAGGAGUAUGCAGGGAGACUGGCUAAAGAAAGCCUCCGCUAUGGCAUGAAGGGUAUGGUAGCAGACCCUGAAGAAUGUGAUAUGGAAGAGCUUCAACAAAUUUCAGAAGUUGAGAAUUCCCUGGCCAUUUUCUGCAUGGCAACGUACGGUGAAGGGGACCCGACAGACAAUUCACAAGAAUUCUACGAUUGGUUACAAAGAGGAGACGCUGAAUUAAAUGGUCUCAAUUAUGCUGUUUUUGCACUCGGUAAUAAAACUUAUGAACACUUCAACGCAAUGGGAAAAUAUGUCGACACCCGGUUAGAAGAACUUGGUGCUACGCGUGUCCAUGAAUGUGGAAUGGGGGAUGAUGACGGAAAUAUUGAAGAGGAUUUCGUAACGUGGCGCGAGAAAUUCUGGCCAGCUGUCUGUGAACAAUACGGUGUGGAAUUGACAGGCGAAGACAUCAAUAUCCGCCAGUAUAGCUUGACUACCCAUGAGGACUUGCAAAAAGAGAAAGUGUUUAGCGGCGAGAUUGCCCGGCUUGGAUCAUUCAGGACACAGAAACCACCUUACGAUGCCAAGAAUCCCUACCUCGCCCCAUUGGUCAUCAACAGGGAACUACACAAGGGUGGCGGCAGAUCUUGCAUGCAUAUUGAAUUCGAUAUCUCAGGCUCAAAAAUAAGGUAUGAAGCGGGUGACCAUGUUGCAGUUUUCCCCAUCAAUGACCAGGAGUUGGUGGAGAACAUCGGGAAGCGUCUCGGAGUCGAUCUAGAUGAAGUCUUUACUCUGACUAAUGUUGAUGAGGAAGCGAGUAAAAAGCAUCCGUUCCCGUGUCCAUGCACGUACAGGACGGCCCUCUCUCAUUACUUAGACAUCACAAGCAAUCCUAGAACCCACGUCCUCAAAGAACUAUCCGACUAUUGUGAUGACCCGAAGGACAAAGAAUUCCUACUGAAAAUGGCAACAUCGACGCAAGAAGGAAAGACUCUAUAUAAUGAAUGGAUAGUAAAAGACUGUAGGAAUAUUGUAGCGGUGUUAGAAGACCUGCCGUCAUUGAAACCUCCUCUCGACCAUAUAUGUGAACUAAUACCUCGGUUGCAGGCCCGGUAUUAUUCAAUCUCUUCCUCCCCAAAACUUUAUCCCACCAGUAUUCACGUCACUGCUGUGUUAGUCGAGUACAAGACACGGGUCGGCCGUCAAGCCAAAGGGGUCGCCACCAGUUGGCUCAAGUUGAAACAACCAGGAAACGAUAAGAAGUACACGGUUCCAAUCUUUGUAAGGCGGUCUCAGUUCCGCCUUCCGUACAAGCCUGCCACCCCUGUGAUAAUGGUUGGCCCUGGCACAGGCCUUGCUCCCUUCAGAGGAUUUAUUCAGGAGAGAGCUGUGGCUAAGAAGGAUGGCAAAGAAAUUGGUGAGACAGUGCUCUACUUUGGCUGUCGAAAGAAAGCAGAGGAUUUCAUUUAUCGAGAGGAAUUGGAGAAGUACCAUGAGGAAGGUGCCUUGAGUGAAAUGAACCUGGCCUUCUCGCGUGAUCAGGCGGAAAAGGUCUAUGUACAACACUUGAUGAAGAAGGAUAUGGAGAAAUUAUACAAGCUGUUUGAGGCGGGUGCCCAUAUCUAUGUCUGCGGUGAUGCUCGUAACAUGGCCAAAGAUGUGCAUCAAGUCGUUCAGGAUGUUUUGGUUGAGUGUGGCGGAAAAACGACGGCGCAAGCGGAAAAUUAUAUCAAGAAAUUACAAAAUAAAGGAAGGUACUCCUGUGAUGUCUGGAGCUAAAAAAUUGAGAUUUGUAGGAAUUGACUUUCACCUUAUGUUGUAUUGUAACACUGGGUGUUCUGUUCUGAUCAACUUUUAAAUCAAUCAGUUGCAAGCCAUUUGGUAGUAUCACUAUUGGAAAUCAUAAGUUUUACAUGUAUGUGGAUUUUCAAGUUGAUUUGCCAAAUAUGUGUACAUUGGACCAGAGUCCAGCUAAAGUGCCCUCAAGUCAAAACGUCCCAAGGUUAGUGAGGGUCAAAACAUCCUUGCUUUUACUUUUAAAAAUCACUUCUAAGCCUGUACUGGAAGGUUUUCUUCAAUUAAAAUUGAUGUUUUGGUUAAGGAUAAAAUGCUAGUGGUUGUUCAUCAAAAACAUAUGGAAUUUAUGUAAAAGUCAAAAUAGAUCAAUGAAAAUUACAUUAUGUUUUAUGGAAGGCUGUAGUUAAAACAGAAUCUAACAACAAGGACAUUUAACUAUCAUAACCAGAGGAUGUUUCGCAUGAUCAUGUUUUGACCAGUAAUCCAUUGAACAAGUGGUAUGAUUGUUUUAGGGCCUUCAUAUUGACAUUUUCACUUGGACCAUUUGAGGGGAUUUGUAUAUUAUGCAUAUAAGCCAGUAUUUAUAUCAAUCUUUCAUUGGUUGAAACAAAUGACGGUAAUAAUGAUCAUGAAUAAUUAUAAGACUGUCUUUGUUACUUGCACAUUCAUAAUUUAUAAGAUUAUUUCUUAAAAUGUGUUUUUAUGCGACCAAAUAUAAUCAUAUUUUAUUCAUUUGCUAUUUUUACAGAAAAAUGCUUUGGGGAAAAUGAUUGAAAUGCAAGUGCUUAACCAUGGUUUCAUGAAUUUUCUGAAUACCUUUUGAAUAUGAUAUCAAGAACUUAAUUGAUGAAAAAUUCCUCCCGAUGGAUUAAGCACUAAUGGACCGAAUACUCCUUCAAAAUUUCCAAUCAAUGCCAAGAUCCGCAGAAACCAGAAAAUUUUACAGAUUUUGUAUACAGUUAUCGUACAAGUGCAGUUCAGUUUCACUUCACAUUUUGACCAUUUGUAUCCGGUUAUGCAUGUGCGUUGGUUACCAUACCUGACUAUAAUGCUUUGUAAUGUAAAAGGCUAGUGUAACGCAUAAUGUUUUCAGCCCCUUUGUUGUGGUUUUGGACAAUACAGUGGUCAUUCAUGCGCAUGUGUAAUCGGAUACAAAUGUUCAAAGGCUUUGUUCCAACAUCUGCCACCACAGCACUGACUCAAAGUCCUCAAAGAAGUACAAUGUAUUGUCAUAUCAUAUUAAAAAUAAUGAUGCAUACAAACAACUGAAUGUACUACUCAAAGUUAGAAUGUUAGAGGCCUGUCUGUAAAUUUGCACUCUUGUCUUUGUCUGUUGUUCAUCAAUAUGAAAGCACUGUACCGACUUCUUCAGCCAGGCUACACUAGAUUUGAUCGCAGAAAGUCUUGGACCAGUGUCUGAUUCAUCCAGUAUGUUGGCACAUUCAUGAGAGUCCAUACUAUAUAGAAGUCUGUUUGUGUGUAUAGUAUCUACUGUCCAUUACAUUAUCAAAGUGUAUUUUCAAUAGGAUAAAAUAAAUAAAAUGUAA